CGGGUUUCAGUGCUCGUUGAGUCUAGCCCACGUUCAGUUCGGUUCGGUUCGCUGCUCAAACUCAAAACACAAACGAAUUCAAAACAAUAAACACCCCGAAAAAAAGAUACAACUAAGCCGGAAAGAAACUGGCGAAAAGAAAGUGUGCAGAAUUCACAAGUAGCCGUUAUAUAAGUGGAUUUAAUUAUCUGAUUCGGUUUUCGAGUUUUCCUUUUUGCCGCCAGCUAAUUGCAUUAAAAUAAAACCAACAAGUUGUUUGGCUGGGUGAAAAUUAUUGUGUCGUUGCCGCUGACACUUGAAUACUUAUAGCCCAGAUGCUGAAGCAGCAGCAGCAGUAGCGACAAUAACAAACAACAGCCCAGUAAUCAGCACAACUAUCGGCGACAAUGGCAGACAUUGGACAUCAGAAUGCGAGGCAUCAGUGAUUAAAACCAGUCGGAGAGGCCAGCCAUCACCAGCCCCAUUGGCACCACCAGCGAGAAGGAAAAAAAAACAGAUCCGAAACCCGCUGAAUCAUCGGAACUCGGAGGAGUGGAGUACCAGAGGCCCAACUGCUAGACACCAAGAUGCGCCCCUCUAAUAGCAGACCUUCGACGGCGAUGGCAAUUAGUAUCUUGCAAGCGAUAUGUAUAAUCUAUAUCACCUCCAUCGGUCUGAGGAGCGUGGCAGGUUGGAUGCCUGAUGUGCGACCCGAUUUGCAAACGAAACAAGACAAAGUCUUGGCCCAUUUUAUUGGCAACUCGACGGACUAUUUCAAGAUUUUGGACCACAAUGAUGAAAACAUUCUAGUUGGUGCCAAGGACGUCAUCUACAAUGUGAGCCUAAAUGGCCUGAAGGAGAUUGCGCGUCUGGAGUGGCACAGCACGGAUGCGGACCGGGAGUUGUGUGCCCUGAAAGGCAAGCUCGAGUGGGACUGCCACAACUACCUGCGCGUCUAUGCAUUGCGUUCCAAUGGCGAGGUGCUCCUCUGUGGCACCAAUUCAUAUAAGCCGCGCUGUCGUCAUUACACGCCGGUGGAAAUGUCAUCGGAGGAGACCGCCUCCGCUGGCCACGCCCACGUCAUGCGCUACGAAGUCAGCCGCGAUGUGGAGGCCCAGGGUCUGUGCCCUUACAGUCCCGCCCACAAUAGCACCUACGCCUUCGCCGAUGGCCAGUUGUACAGCGCCACCGUGGCGGACUUUUCGGGUGGAGACCCCCUUAUCUACAGGGAGAACCUGCGCACCGAACAGUAUGAUCUCAAGCAACUGAACCAGCCGGACUUUGUCGGCGCCAUCGAGAGAAACGGCUACGUGCUGUUCUUCUUCCGCGAACUGUCCAUGGAGUUCAUGAACUUUGGCAAGGCCGUAUACUCGCGGGUCGCCAGGGUGUGCAAGAACGACCGGGGAGGACCUUAUAGUCACGGCAAGAGCUGGACCUCCUUUCUGAAGGCCCGCCUCAACUGCUCAGUGCCUGGGGAGUUUCCUUUCUACUUUGACGAAAUCCAGGCCAUUAGUCCCAUUGUGGAGAGCGGUUCCAAAUCACUGGUUUAUGCAGUCUUUACCACCUCUGUAAAUGCCAUUCCGGGAUCGGCAGUCUGUGCCUACAACGUAGACGAUAUACUGGCCGCCUUUGAUGGAGAAUUCAAGUCGCAGAAAGACUCACAAUCCCACUGGCUUCCAGUGGAGCGUGACCAGGUGCCAAAGCCACGCCCAGGACCGUGCGUCGAGGACUCAAGAACGCUAAGCAGCGUUGCAGUCAACUUCAUUAAGACCCAUCCGCUAAUGGAGGACUCUGUGCCGGCAGUGCAUGGACGUCCACUGCUAACCAAGGUUAACUUGCACCACAGACUUACUGCCAUUGCAGUGCAUCCGCAGGUGAAGUCCCUAAGCGGUGCUUACUACGAUGUGGUAUACAGUGGUACGGAUGACGGCAAGGUGACCAAGUUUAUUAAUAUACUGACCACGCAUCCGAACUCAACGGUGGAUCGUCUCAAGACGGUGGUCAUAUCGGAGAUGCAGGUUCUGCCACUGGGAACGCCAGUUAGGGAGUUGGUCAUCUCCACUUCAAAGAACUCGCUGGUGGUGGUUAGUGAUGGCAGCCUGGUCAGCGUACCCCUGCAUCACUGCACCCACAUUGUGGACUGCCUGGGCUGCCUGAGUCUGCAGGAUCCCAUCUGCGCCUGGGAUUUACAGACACACGAGUGCAAAAACCUGGCUACCAGUCAGCACAAGUUCGGAACAAAGACCUAUCUGCAGAGCCUGAACAGUACCAAGAAAUCUGCUGCCCUCCUGUGUCCCCAUGUUCCACGUGAUGGACCAGGUGCAGAGACGAUGAGCGUUGUUACCAUUCCUCCACCGCCGUCAGAGGACCAGAAACUUCUGUACUCCAAUGUGGGUGCCUCGCAAGGUGAUCAGCCGAGCUUUGAACAGCAGCCCACUGGUGGCGAUGACUUUGGACUGAACAAGAUCACACUUACGUCAAUGGAUCCCGACGAUAUGCCCAGUUUGAACGAUCCCCAGAAAUCCACAGCAAGUGUUGAUGAAAUCAACCGGGCUUCGGCUCCCAGCUACGUCUUUCUAGCAAUUAUCGUUUCCAUCACCUUUGUGGUGGGCGGCAGUGCGGGAGUAUUCUGUGUCAAGGCUUGGAGUCGUAUGAUGGAGGGGCAAAUGGAUGACAGUCACCGCAAUCAUUUCGGCAAGCCAAUACAAUUCAAGCAUCAAAAUACCGGCAAAGAUAUCAAUCUAUUAAUGGGCUCCAAUGCCUACACCACAACACAGAAAACACCUAACCUGGAUCUGGAAAAGGAUCGCAGUCAUGAGUGCAAAAACUCCACGGAACAUUUGGAAAAAGAGUUGCCCUGCAAGACGUCAACGCUAACGAAAGUGAAACGCACUUACAUCUAGUGGGCUUGCAAAGGCAGCCAAUUGCAAAAUUAGUCGAAUUUCUAUACUCUAAAACAUAUUUUCGUUGUUUAUGUUGCUGUUAGUUAUAGUAAACCCCCACCCAUCCCGCGAAUGAAGUAGACGACAGUUUCAGAUGCGUUUGAAACGCGUCUGAAGAGUAGAGCGCAGAAGCUGUUGCAUCUUUUUUUACUUAGCAUGUAACUGUAAUUUAAUUUGAUGUAAAAUUUGUAAUAAGUUUAGUUUGUUUGGCAAAAUUUAGUUAAAUUUAUUGACAACAUAGUGUGCGGGCUGCUAAAGCCUGGGCAAACUAAAGCACUCCGCAUUCCCCUGACGUCGACUUUUGCUGUCCAAAAUUGAAGUGCCUGCCCUCAGCUAAGCAGCCCGAAUGUGUCGCCCCCCCCUUAUGAGUACUAUAAAUGUAUAAUCGUUAAGUGCAAAUAUUAGAGCUGUAUAAAUGUACCCACAUAUCACACAUACCGAAAUCGAACCCGAAUAUCCCAGACCCAAUACCCCGAUUAUUUCUCGAAAUUCAAUCGAAUAUUCUACAAGUAUUUUGUUAGACUGAAUGAUUAAUUUUUCUAUAUGAGUUUGUUUGUGGAGAACUAACAGAAUACGACAUAGACUUUAAAGCUCUAUGCUUUGUGGCUAACAAAAGCGUUAAUAUUGUAUCUAACAUAAGCUCAAUAAGGAAUUGAACAUAGAAUGUAAUUAAGAGUACGAACUAGGCUAAGGAACGAACAAAACUUCUAUGAGGCUGUUUGAUAUGAACUGACUCGGCAGCCCUCACAUCAUCAUGAUGCAAAAACGCACAAGAAAGCGGAAAUAAAUAUAAUUCUGCAACAACAGCAAGCCUUAUGAAUAGUAUAAAAUCUAGGCCUUAACUUGUAAGCUUUGCAUGAAAAAUAAUGAGCUUGGCAAAGGAAGCAAAUCAGCAUUUUAAUAUUUUUAUGUUAACAUUUAAGCUGUUGUCCGUCCCACUGAAAAAUAUGCAUAAAAUACAAUGUACAAUGGCAACUUUAAUUAGAAACGUGUAAAAUGCAAUUUUCAUCGUAAUUAAUAUAUUUUUAUACGCAUGUCUAAGCCUAAUGUCAAGAUCUAAUCAUAAGAACGUCUUGAAAACAAAAGAGAAAAAUCCCAAAAAAAAUACACAUAAAAUAUUUUUAAAUUCUACAAAAAAAGUAACAUAAUGAUAAAAUUCUCAUAUUGUGAUAGAUUUUAUUGAAAUUUUAUAAGGACGUAAUGAUAUGCCUUUUGGUUGAAAAACAAUGAUAUAUGGCGAGAGAGUCUGAUUGCAUGCAUGAUAAUAUUGUUUAGGAAAGGGUCUUCCGCUCGGAGGUCCAUAAACCAGAGAACCCAAUAAGGUGUUUAGUUUUUAUUACCGUGUAUGUCUUGUAUUGUGUAUAUUGUUGUAUACCUCCCAUGAGCAAUCUAAAAUCUAAUAAAGUCGUAAUUUUUUCAUAA